AUGUCGUUCCCUUCACUCUUCUACGCAUUUUUCUUGAUCUUAUUCUCAUCGUCUCGAGUUGCUCACAACAUGAAUCUAAGCCCAUCACCAGCUCCAAGUCCGGCUUAUUAUAGUGAUAGCGAUAAUGCCUUAACCAUCUUUGACGUGACUUCGUUUGGAGCCAUCGGGGAUUGUGAGACGGACGACACGUCAGCAUUCAAGAUGGCAUGGGACGCAGCAUGUAUGAGCACAGGUGUAGACUCAGCCCUCCUUCUUGUCCCUUGCACUUUCUGUUUCUUGGUGAAGCCAACCAGCUUUAAUGGUCCUUGCGGAACCCACCUUGUAUUACAAAUCGAUGGGAUCAUUGUGUCGCCUGAUGGACCGAGGUCGUGGCCGUGGAACUACAAGAGGCAGUGGAUAAUGUUUUACAGAGUGGAUGGACUAUCAAUUCAAGGCUCUGGUGUUAUCAAUGGUCGUGGCCAGAAGUGGUGGAACCUUCCUUGCAAACCUCACAAGGGUCCUAACGGAACGACUCAACCCGGUCCUUGUGACAGUCCUGUGGCGAUUAGGAUAUUUCAGAGCUCAAAAGUGAGAAUUGAAGGGCUUAGCUUCCAGAACAGUGCUCAAUUCCAUGUAAGGUUUGACAACUGCAGCGACGUGGUUGUAGAUUCCGUGACUAUCAAAGCACCAGCUUCUAGUCCAAACACUGAUGGAAUCCACAUUGAGAACACACAUAACGUUCAGAUCCGCGAUUCGGAGAUUUCCAAUGGAGAUGAUUGUAUUUCAAUCGGAGCCGGCUGCUUUAAUGUGGAUAUUAAGAAUGUUACAUGCGGUCCAAGCCAUGGGAUUAGCAUAGGCAGCCUUGGAGUCCAUAACUCGAGUGCAUGUGUCUCAAACAUAACAGUGACAAACUCAACCAUAUGGAACUCAGACAAUGGUGUUCGGAUCAAGACAUGGCAAGGAGGGUCAGGCUCGGUUUCAAGAAUCGUGUUCCGUAACAUUGAGAUGGUGAACGUUCGUAACCCUAUAAUGAUAGACCAAUACUACUGCCAGACAAAGAACUGUGCUAACCUAACCAGCGCAGUCAUCAUCAGCGAUAUUCUGUAUGCAAAUAUCAAAGGGACUUACGACCUGAGAAGCCCACCAAUUCAUUUUGGUUGUAGCGACUCUGUCCCAUGUACUAACCUGAGACUAGAAGAUGUUGAGCUGUUUCCUUCCAAAGGCCAGCUUUUGGAAAAUCCGUUCUGCUGGAAUGCAUAUGGAAGCAUGCAGACGAUCACUGUCCCACCUGUUUAUUGCCUGCUUGAGGAACUUCCAGACUGCUAA